AUGAGGACUUCACCUGAACGAAUCAUUGAGUUUCCGCUGUAUGGAGUAUUGGCUUUGCCAAUUGAGCCUAAAGAACCAGUGUCGCAGACAUGUCCUAAAUGGGCGAUAGCUCUUUCAAUUGUCGCGGCUUCAGCACUGGUUGGAGCUGUUAUUGCUAUUGCAGUCGUGUUUUCCCGCAAUAACGGUGAUUGUGAUGGAUUCAGAUGUACAUCUGGCGCUUUGGCAGACGAUGGGUCUGAUUGUAUCUUGUCAUCAAAUGUAUGCAACAGUGUGAAAGACUGUAAAAAUGGAGAAGAUGAAAAUGACUGUCCAGCGAUAUCACCUUGUACUAGUGGUCAGUUUUGGUGCAUGCAUGGUGGUUCACAUGGAAAUUGCAUUUCCAAAGAUUGGGUAUGUGACGGUUCCGAUGAUUGCGUUGGAGGAACGGAUGAACAAAAUUGUACAGGAGCCCCUGCUUGUCGACGCACAGAGAACUUUCAGGUCAUUGCACCAAAUUGUGAAAGAGAUGUUGGAAAUUGUUCAGUUAGUUUUUGUAGCAACGAAGUCAACCCUAAAUGCUGUGGACCAGUUUAUGAAAGAAAAAUUUCAUCUUGUCCAGGAGGAAACAUUGAGUACUCAAAAGUACUGAGAUGUGAAUGUCAGAUUUGCGAAUCACCCAGAGCUUUUGUUGCCGGGAGCUUUGAAGGGUGUGACUCCAAAUUACACAACUGUUCUUUUGGAAUUGAAAUAAACGAAACUGAAGUGGGAAGAGCAAACAAGGACGGACACUUCAGUUUCAGUGUGGAAUAUCCUUCAAAUUAUCGUAUUACGUUUUCAGUAAUUGACGACGUAGACGAAUUAUUUUUUACACAAGUGAAGAUCAUUAAUCUUAUAAGCAACCAAUAUGCUUAUUCAGUAACUGUAAAAAUGGUUCUUAAACCAACUGCUAUAAGUUUUUCAUCAAAUACAAAUACAACAGUCGAACUUGGAACAACUCAAGAUGUAGCGAUUGAAUUCGGUGCUCAUUCAAUGUUUUUGCCCGAUGGAACUGAAUAUGACGGAGAGGUCAAAGCGGCGAUCAAUUUCAUAGACCCGUCAAACAGAGAAAACUCACAAAAUAUACCAGCACAGCUUUUAACUGAAAAUGACGACGAGGAAGGUGUUCCUGGCUUUUUGUCAUCCACUGGAAUGCUGCAAACUGACAUUAAAACAGCAGAUGGAAGACAAUUGAAUGCACGUGGGGUUCAAAUUGAGUUGAUCACAGAUGGUCUCUCACAAGAAGAAAUCGAUGAAGUGAAAUUAUUCAAACUCAUAGAAACAGAUGGAGUAUGGCAAGAAGUAUCACAGAUGAAUGCAUCAUCAGGAACUUCACUAAGAAGACGAAGAAGAAGUAAUCAUGCGUCUGUUAUGACACGCGUUGACAUAAGCAGCGUUCGUCAAAUUUAUAACCUGGAUGCUUUAUUGCGGCCCUAUUGUUAUAUGAAAGUCCGAGUAUUCAGUGACGCCCAAUAUCUUGAGUCCACCCAGGCAUAUGGAAUUGCUGUGAUCUCAUUAUACGCGAGGUCAUCAAAUGGAGCUUGGGCAAAUUAUCUGAGGGGAUAUACAUACUACAAUGGAAUUUGUGUUUCGGUUCCGUGCAACGGGGAAUGGUUUGACAUCGUACAAGUAUAUGCUGAAGACAAGGAUUAUAUUGUUGUUGAGCCCAUAGUACCAGAUGAUGUCAAGACUGAACUAAACUUCCAGAACGAACUUAAUUACUUCACCGUGCAAAUACCAAGAGGUGGAGCUGUACAAGGUUCAAAAGGACCCAUAUACCAAGAUGGAUAUGACUGUUAUAGAGCGCCGUUCGAAGAUUAUCAUUUUCGACUUUCCAGAUUUUUACCAGAAGAUAUUGAAGUGAAUACAAUUCCCAUCGACGAAAACAACAUUUUUUCGCCUUGGAUAAAUGAUGUAUUUUCUUGGUGGCCAAACAGAAAUCUCUUCAAAGCGUGCUAUGUGAAAUUGAAUGUGUUGCCAAUCGAUGUCAUCGAAGACGACUUGAAAGAAUGGACAGUUGAGGCAAUCAGUCGCGGAGGAACACAUACAGUUACAAAAGGAAAGGAAUACGGUCGUAGAAUAUCUCAAGGAAAUGGCCUAACAGCAUGUGUUGAAUACAAGUGUCCAGAUAUUCUCUCAGAUAAUGAAUUUGACAGAACGGAAGUGACCAUUACUCCAAAACUGCAAGGAUUCACAUUUGCUCUUGUGAUUCCACCAAAUAUAACAAUCAACACAAGUUCAUUUGAGGAUCUCGUUGCUGAAUACCAAUGGGUAGAAACUAUGUUGGGGAAUUCGAGUUUCACAGCUGCAGCACCUCUUGCUAAUAUUCCAGAACUUGGCAUCUUCUAUAGCGGAGCAAUUCAUCCAAAGCUAGCUAAAACUGAAGCAAGGCGCAAUUGUAUCCAGGGGACGAGUGUUCUAACAUUCUCAGUAUCCGCCGUAGAAAUGUCCGGCUCUGGCUCUGGAUCCGGAUCCGGCACCUAAUUGCAAUUCGAAUUGUAGCGCAGAGUCUCACUCUAAGCUUUUCUUUAAAAUGGUUUGCUAUAAAAUUCAGUUUAAAGAAUUAAUUCUCUUGCAACUUUUUUCAAUUAGUAGUCUAAGUUUUAUCGGCAAAUGAGAGCAACAGGCUUAGAUGUCCAUCAAAAAUGUUGUGCGGUAUUGAAUGUUAUAAUAGUUAU